AAAAGGUCUGCAGAAGCUCCGAUGGUAUUGCCAGAUGUGCGAAAAACAAUGCCGGGAUGAGAACGGAUUUAAAUGCCACUGUAUGAGCGAGUCCCACCAGCGCCAGAUGGAGGUGUUUGGGCAGAACCCUAACCGGAUCGUCAGUGGCUACUCAGAGGAGUUUGAGAGUGCGUUCCUUGAACACAUGAAGAGAAGCCACCGGUUUAGCCGUGUGGCUGCCACGGUUGUGUACAAUGAGUAUAUAGCUGAUCGCCAACACAUUCAUAUGAAUUCUACGGAGUGGGCAACUUUGACCGAGUUUGUCAAGUACUUAGGCAGGACUGGGAAGUGUAAAGUUGAUGAGACUCCAAAGGGGUGGUUUAUAACUUAUAUAGACAGGGACUCCGAGACCCUUUUCAAGGAGAAGAUGAAAAGCAAACGAGUCAAGGCUGACAUAGCAGAGGAAGAGAAGCAAGAGAGAGCGAUUAAGAGACAGAGAGAGAAGGCAGAAGAGUUGAUGGGGGGUGGUAUCUCAACAGACGAGAUUAAUGACUCUUCUGAACGGAAGUUACUGGAGAAGAAGUUGGAUGGUUGUGAUCAGAAGGUGAAGUUGUCUUUGGGCCCAUCAUUGAAACCCGCUAAUGAAAAAGACAGACCUGAAAACUGUUCAAUAUCCGUUUUUGACGCGAUGGAUUAUCAUCAGAACACGACCGGAGAUGGCAGUGCAUCAAAAUUGGGUGGAAAGAGUGGUUUUGGAGGGGUAAGUGGUGGGGGUGUGUUGGAUGAGCUGAUGAGAGAGGAAGAACAAGCAAAGGAAAAGCAAAACAGGAAGGAUUAUUGGUUAUGUGAGGGAAUAGUGGUGAAAGUUAUGAGCAAGGGGUUGGCUAAUAAGGAUGCAUAUUAUAAGAAAAAGGGUGUCGUUAGGAGGGUAAUUGAUAAGUAUGUUGGUGAAAUUGAAAUUCUUGAAAAUAAGCACAUACUGAGAGUUGAUCAGGAAGAGCUUGAAACUGUGAUCCCCCAAAUUGGUGGUCUUGUGAGGAUAGUCAACGGGGCUUACCGUGGAUCAAAUGCUAGGUUGUUAGCCAUAGAUACUGAUCAUUUCUCUGCCAAGCUGAAAAUUGAGAAGGGUAUUUAUGAUGGCAAGGUUCUUAAGGCUAUUGACUACGAAGAUAUUUGCAAAUUGGGUGUGUAAUGACACAAACUCGAUGAGAGCUUGCCCACUUCCAGCAGUUGUGCAUCUGCUUUCUUUCUGGAUGAUUUAUGGUUUUGUAACUUUUGUUGUCUGCACUUUUCUAAACUGAAUCAUCAAUCCUCUGUUCACAAUUGUAAAA